CAUUAUCAUCCUGUGGAGUAUACUUCGUCAAGCAACCGCACAAGCCCGAGAAUUGAAAGUCAUUUUGAGGUCGAACGCGCGACGGACUUUGGACCCAUCGAAAGUGCGUGUCAUCGUGAGGGCAAUGGAACGAGCUGAUCAUCUACGAUUAAUCUAGGAGACGGUUUGGAUGUUCAUUUGUGAGUUCGUUCCAAUUUUCCUUUUAUCUUUUCCUUUCGUUAACAUUUCUUUAAAUUCAAAAACCGCCUUUAUUUAGUGAGUGCCUUAUUAUUUAUGCUUUGCUCGCAACACAUCAAUCUCUCAUCUACAUUUUAAAUCAAUUUUUACUUCAUAUGCUUAAAGCAAAAUUUUGCGUAAUUUAAACUAUACAGGAAUUCAAAUAACGGUAACUUGUUUACGUAACUCGCUCGCUUCUUAUCAUCGUCAGCUGACCAGUCCGGUUUGCUUGCACAUCUGUUCUUUUGUUCUCCUAACGAGCUAAUAUCCCGCUGUAUUUUAUUGCCUUAUUGAAUAGAUUUUAUUUAUUUUGUUGCACAUUACCGCUAUAUAGCUAUGGCCGAAGAAAAGUUGAUUAAGAAACGCGGUGGAAUAAAGUCGAAAUUGACUAUCUUUACUAAAUACAUAGCAGUGCUUCAAUCUGGCGAAAAACCUAGUAGUUUACAACUGCUAGAUUUAGAAAGCCGCUUCAAUAAAUUUAAUGCCUUAUACGCGGAAUAUGACAAAUUACAGUGUGAGAUCGAGACGCUUUCAGACUCUGCAGACGACCAGCUCGCGGAACGCGAAGAAUUCGAAUGUCAUUAUCAUGCGCUAGUGGCGGCGGCACGCAGUCUGCUCGGAGCGCAGCCGGCACAGCACCGCGAGCGCCUGGAUGGUUCCGUAUCGAGUUUUGAGGAUGCACAGCCGCAGGUUCCUGAUACGAACAUCAACCGCAUCGAGAGAUUCAGACGAAUUGAGUUGCUGAAACAACACUUUUGGAAGCGCUUUUCCUUGGAGUAUGUUACACUGCUUCAAGAAAAGACGAAAUGGCGAACUUCAACUAAGGAGCUGAAACUUAACUCUCUUGUUCUCGUCAAAGAAAAGGCGUUGCCACCACUACUGUGGUCUCUAGGACGAGUCACUCAGCUCUACCCUGGUAGCGAUGGAGUCACUAGAGUCGCGGAGUUAAAAACUAAGAGAGGCACCAUACGAAGAGCCUUUAAUAAUAUUUGCCCUCUUCCAGUUCUUUGAAGUCUUCACACUUCAACCCGGGGAGCAUGUUGCGAACCGGUCUUAUACCCGCUCGGCACGAGACGCGGGGGAGGACGACACGGCAAGCGUGACGUCACGGCGAGCGGCAGCGGCGCAGGGGCACUCGCCUUAUCGACAGCCACCGGCGACGGUCGACCCCUAUUAUUUAUUUAAAUUUAAAUUCAACGAAGACACUUGUGAUUGAGACGGCGAAUAUACCAGUCCUAUUGUAAUACAGUCCACUUUUAUUUCACGUCCCUUAGGACC